UCCUAGUUUGAUGACUACACCAAACUGGUGCUCCAAAGAGUUGUUACGAGAUUAUAAUUUUUAGUGGGAUGAACUGAACAAGGAAUAUUAUUUCAAUUAUUAAACACAUAAAUUGACAAUUAUGAAUAAUAUUUAAAUUUAAGUAAAUAUAAAUGAACCUUUCAUUAAAGUUGUAUAUUCUUUCCCAAGUAGGACUUGUGUUGCAAAUGAUCUAGAUUUUUAUUUUCUACAGAUUUAAGUUUGGCAUAGAACAGGGAUUCCCAACCAGGGGUGCUCGCGCCUCCUGGGAGUACGAGAUGAUAUUCCAGGGGGUACAAAAAGUUGGGUUUUUAAAAUUAUAGUCAUAGUGUAUAUGCAUAAUUCAUUGCUGUUAUUUCAAACUUUUUUUAAGGGGUACAAGAAUAUAUCAAAAGUGUUCUAGGGGUGCAGGGUAUAGAAAAGGUUGGGAACCACUGGCAUAGAAGUUCCAUUAGUCUGAUUGGAUUUCUUGUAUAACAUGGUUUUUGGGCUCUUCUGUCUACCAUUUUUUUCCUCUGCCAAUUGAGAGUAAUGUUUCAUGAAGACAGCAAAGUAGUCUGUGAAUCAUGACAGCUAUUAUUAAGUCAUCAAUGUACUAUUACAAUGCUGUGCAGUUUAGCUACAACAGACAUGAAGGCUAUCUUCUGCAAUUUGUCAGUAAUUUCCUUUCAUGGCACCUUGGAGAUACAAGAAUGUCUGUUUAGGGUUCUUCAUCGAUCCACAAUUGAGAAAACUAAUAGAUUGAGGAAAUACAAAGCUUGAGGAAGCAUGUGAAAUGUACACAAGAGCUGCAAAUAUGUUCAAGAUAGCCAAAAACUGGAGUGCUGCAGGGAAUGCCUUUUGUCAGGCAGCAAAACUCCACAUGCAACUGCAGAGUAAACAUGAUUCAGCCACCUGUUUCGUUGAUGCGGGGAACGCUUACAAAAAAGCAGAUCCUCAAGAGGCUAUCAACUGCUUAAAUGCUGCCAUCGAUAUUUACACAGACAUGGGCCGAUUUACUAUUGCUGCCAAACAUUACAUUACUAUUGCAGAGAUUUAUGAAUCUGAGCUGGUAGACAUUGAAAAGGCCAUCGCCCACUAUGAACAAGCUGCAGACUAUUACAAAGGAGAAGAAUCUAAUAGCUCUGCUAACAAGUGCUUGCUGAAGGUAGCUGGAUAUGCAGCUCAGUUGGAGCAAUAUCAGAAAGCAACUGAAAUUUUUGAACAGGUUGGUACAAGUACAAUGGAUAAUCCAUUGCUCAAGCACAGUGCAAAAGAUUACUUCUUUAAAGCAGCUUUAUGUCACUUCAUUGUCGACGAGUUGAACGCGAAGCUGGCUCUUGAGAAAUAUGAAGAAAUGUUCCCAGCAUUCACAGAUUCAAGAGAAUGUAAAUUAUUGAAAAAAUUACUGGAAGCUCAUGAGGAACAAAAUUGUGAAGCAUACACUGAAGCAGUUAAAGAAUUUGAUUCAAUAUCCCGCUUGGAUCAAUGGCUCACAACCAUGUUACUCCGCAUUAAAAAGUCAAUUCAAGGAGACAGCGACGGGGACCUAAAGUGAACUGUCUGUGCAGUGUGUGGCAUUGUGAUUUGUCUGUUGAAAUAUCUUGUGUCAUAGCCAAGGAUCAUUAUGGAAUAUAUGAUCAAUGCUUUUUGCUUAAUUGACUGGUAUCUUGUUUAAUAUCCUGUUGUGGCUCAUUCAUUGUAACUGUGAACAUGAAUUUAUAUUGUUUUUCACUUCUCAAGGGAGAGCUUAUGGAUUGAUCCUAUGCAUGUUUACUCAGAAAGGCAAGUCCCACUAAAUCCAUGGAUCUUCCUCCCUCAUAAAUGAGCAUAGGAUUGUGUAAGUUAACCCUGAAAUAAGUUCUCUUGAAGCCAUAUUCAAACCAGUCAGUCAGCUGACACUAAAUUAUAUUCUCGUGAUAUGGGACUCCACACCUCUUGUCCUAGAAAUAGUGUUUUUCAGCAUUAUUUAUUACAGGAUCAUCACAAAGGAUACAGCUUAUUGAAUAUUUUAAAAUAUUAACCAAUGUUACGUUGUUUACGUGUGAUUUGCACUACCACAGAUAUAACACAAUGAAUAUGAGUCACAACACUGAAUAGCACUGAGAUGGUAACCAAACUACAAGUUAUCCUUGCAAUGCAAUCCCAAGCAUGAUUCAGUGGAACAAGAUUGUGUGAAGCUUCAGUGAUGUUUCAUAAUUAAGACUAAGCCCCAAAGGGUGGCUUCAAGGGAUCAAUUUCUAGCCCCUUUCACCCACUUCUGCAGAUGCCUUCCCUGGUAGUCACCUAACUCCUGCCCCCCUGGACAUUUCCUGGCCAUCAGAAUUAGUGUCAUUGAGGGACUCUUCAAAGUGACACAUUGCAGGAUGGCUGUGUCAUCUGCUCACAGCAGCAGUGAUUGUAGCCCACUCAGUGCCCUGAUCUGAAGGAUGUUUCAGAAGCGGUGUUUGCACAGUGAUCAGCUGGAGAACAAGACCUGUGUGAUUUAAGUGUGGUGAAGUGACUGCAUCAACAGGGAGUCACAAAGUGACUGGGCUCCAACUUGCUGCCCGAUUCAUUCCUUUGUCUGAAGUAGACUUUCACAGUGGGACUGGAGUUAGCCCAUUUUGGGCAAAGAUGCUUUGGGUUGCAUUAUAAAGACAACUUGAUUUCUAGAGGGUAUCCUCAACAAUGUUUAAAUUAUAACUUUGUGUUUAUUUUGAUAACAAGAAUGUAUCAGAAAAGAUUAUUGUAUACUAUAGUUAUUACUUGAGGCUAGUGAGAAUGGCAGAGUUCUUGAAACUGGAUCAGAAGGUCUGGGACAGUCUGAUCCGUCGUCUGUAACAAACAAGAGAAUAGAUUGGAAUUUAUGUGAAUUAAUCAGUUGUAGCUCACUCUCUUUUGGAGCUGCAAAAAUUUUGAUCAGGGUACGUGUGAAUAUAUGAUCUGGAAACUGGAAUUAUAUAAUUCAUUUAAAAAGAAAAAUGAAAAGAUUUUUUCCCCCAGAAAUACUCAUUCCUCUCCCCCUCUUGCUGGGAUAAACCUUUAAUCUAUGAGAGUGUAUAUUUUAUUUGUGAUAAAUGACAAAGCAAAUUGUUGGAUCAGAUACUAUUCAUACUGUUCACUUUCUGUCAAUAUGAAUCUAUGUGUGAUUGUUUCAAUAGUUGCUGGUAAAAAUGCCAUCUACACACAUGGGUAGGUAUGUAUUCAGUAGGUAUAUGAAACUACACCAGCAGUCUGGGUCUGAAAUAAAUAACAGUGUAGGAAGUG